UUUCGGGGAGAAUAGACAAUGUAGCCCCAACCAGUUUUUUUAAUUCCUUUACUUUGAAACAAAAAGGUAAAAUGUUAGUAAACGUGUGCCGAGUUUGCGGCAGGAGUAGACUAUGCCCAAAAGCCGUAAACAUCUUCAAGCCUGGCAGACAAGAGAUGGAGGUCCUGCGCCGUAUCCACCUAAUAACCGGAAUUCGCCUGCAGCAAAUUCCUAAAGCACCGGAUAUGGUUUGUUUCUGCUGCCAAAUGGACAUUAAUUCGGCCAUGCACUUCCGGAGGACCUGUAUCUCGGAGCAGAAGAAAUGGGUGCCAAGCGAGAAGGCUGAGGAAUUCGAUGAAAACCAGAAGGAGGAACCAAUGGAUCCGCUGCCCAAAAAAAGAAAGUACACGCGACGAAGGGCGCGGUCCACGAUGCCAGUGGAAACCGUGGACAUUGUCGUAGCAGACGAGAAUAUACCUUUUCCGGAAGCAACAGGUGGCGAUGAAGAAUUUGAUCAGCUAGCUGAGAUCUCCAGGGAACCGGAGUCUACGGAUGGCGAUCCAAAACUAGAGGAUGACGAUACUAAACUAGAUGAUGACGAUGCAAAGAUAGAGGAAUUCGAGGUAAAAGAGGAGGAAUUUCUUUUAAUGGACGAUGAGGAUACGGACUCGGAGUGCAAAUUAACCGGCAAAGUACAAAUCUUCGCAUGUAAUACUUGCGGAGUCAUCAAAACCAAUAAGUCAUCUUUGAUCAGACACAAGUAUGACCACACCGGAAAGAGACCCUAUCCCUGCAAGGAGUGUUCAAAGACCUUUUUGUCAGGGAAUGAAUUGAAGGCCCACAAUCUCACCCAUCACACCAAGGAUCCUCCGUUUCCCUGUCGCUACUGCGAGCGUAGAUACUUCUCCGUGGUCGGCCGGAAGAAGCACGAAAGGAUCCACACGAACGAAAGACCUUUUGUGUGCGACCAGUGCGGCAAGACUUUUACGAGGACCUGCAUCCUGAAGGCCCACAUGGAGUCCCACACAGCUUUGAAGAAGUUUAGCUGCGCAAUUUGUGAUCGGUCGUUCAGCUUAAAGAAACAUCUGGUCACCCACUUUACCUCGAGUAAGCACAAGCGGAAUGCUGAAAUGGCUGGAUCAUUAUCAUCAGAAUCUUUGUCUACGGUCAACAUGGAAACCGAUGAAACAUGGUCUGAAAGUACCAAAUUGUCUAGUUCUGUCGACGAAAAAUUAGUUCAGUCACAAUUCGAUAUUUUGUGCCAGGAAAUUUAAUUGAGUUCAAGACGACUUUCUGCUAAUUAUUUCCUCAGUUGAUAUACCAAAAUAAAUAAUUCGUAUGGAUUGCACAAAAGCUGAAUAAGCUAACAACAAAGGAGAACAUCAAAUGCAACAUUAAAAUUACAUUUUAAAAUUGUUGACAACUAGAAAAAAGCAAACUCCGGCAAACCAGUGCUUUUAUACCCUGCAGUUAUCAUAUAAUUGUAUUUGCCAUGGUUCCAUCUAUAUAAAACUUAAUUUACAAAAACUUUAGCAUAUAGUCUUCCGCCUCCUCAAAUAUCACAAUUGUGCCUAUAUCGUUAUGUAUAAUGUUAAUGGCAGCUUACAAAAAUCUGUCAUCAUCAGCGUAAUCAAAGUUGAAUAUUAACAAUUUUACAAAUUACACAAAAUCUCAAGAAACAUUUAAAUAAUUUACUAAAAUUUUAAGAGACAAAAUGGUUUUUACUUUUUUUUACUUAAUAAGAUAGGUUUUCACACCGCUAUCUUUUCAGGAGUUUAAAAGAUUUUCAAAGAAUCUCAGUUAAUGAAACGUGUAUUAUUUUAAAUUUAUUUGUAAAACAAAAAUCAUCAAUUGUUAAUCCAGUUUUAUUUCAAAAAUACUUAUGUGAACGAAAGAAUUUCGAAAAACACAAGAACAAACUUAAACGAGCUUAAAUACAUUUUUUACAAGUACUGGUAUCCAGCUGCAAAAAAAGUAAAAGUAUUAAUAUAAUUAUUGGAUUUAAAUAUGUGCCUUAAAUCAAUCCAUUUAUUUACUUAAUUUACAUUUUAUGAUUUUUUAUAUAUUAUUAAUUUGACCUCAACUGUAGACAUUUUACAAUAGUAAACUAAACACUUGGAUCUUAAAAUACUAUUAUUUUGACCGCAACUGUACAACUUUAACAAUAGUGAUCUUGGUACUUAUAUAGAUUAAGAUGUUACAUCAACUUGUUCAUUUUAUUAUAUUAUUGUAUUUUGAAGCUUCUGAUAAAACAGACUGCUCGAACUUUUAAAAGAACGUUACAUUAUUCAAAUAUAACUUGAAACUUUACAAAAA